AAUUAAUGGAACAUAAUCCAGAAAAUCUGAAACAGGAUAGCAAUAAUCAACAAGACCCAAACCCUGAUCAGGAUAUAUUCAUGAACCAAUUAUUGAACCCGAGUAGUUCGAACUCAAUAGCCUCUCAGUUAAUGACUGGGGAUAACUUCUCUCAGCCUUCGAAUCAAGCUGAACAAAUUCCUGAUGAAUCAGAUGAAGUCCAGCAAAAUACUCAGAAAGUCGAAGAAAAUAAUUUAAAUCGGGAUGAAAGCUUGAAGAAAGAAACCACUGAGGAAAAGAAAGAAGAGGUUCAAAAUAGUAAAAACGAAGAAGCCCAGCCAAAUCUAGGCGAGGAGGAUGCCAAACUCGGCAGUUCGGGGAUCAUAAGCUCAGAUAGUCCUUGUUCACCCAAAGAAGAUAAAGCAGGUGAACCCGACAACAAAAAGGAUAAUUUAGAAAAUGACAAAGUUGAAAAAUUAGAAUGCCUGGCCAAAGAAAAAGAUGAAAAUAUAAGUCAAGAAGAAAAGAAAGAUAUAAAUUCAAAUUUAAAUGAAGUCAAAGAAGAUCUCGAGAAUAUACAGCAGAUCCAGUCUCAUAAAGAAGAAUAUAACCAAACUCUAAGUGAACCUUCUAAAGAAUUGAAGGAAGAGACAGGUGAGGAAAAAGAAGAAAUUAAUGAAAACACUUUACAAAAGGAGGACCUUCUAAACCAAGACCAACUUCAGGCAAAUGAAAAUGAAAUUUCUCAAUCGAAGGAAGAAGUUCCUUGCGAGGAAGAAACUGAGCAUGUAGAAGAACCUGCUAUUGAAGAGUCACAACCCACAAUAGAAGAUUCUACCAAUUCUUGUAAAAUCGAAGAGACUAAAAAUGCUCCUGAAGGAGAGAUACAUAAAGAAGAUAAUUCUGAGUCUAAAGAGCAUCAACAGCUUAAUGAAGAAAGAUUAGAAGAUAAAGACAUUUCAACUGAGAUGUCUCAAGAAGUAAAUACUGAAGUUGAAAAGCAAAAAUCAGACCAAGAUGAUCAUGAGAAGAAGUCUGAAGAACCUCUAAAAGAGCUAGGAAAGGAAGAUGAAAAUCAAACUCAUGAAAAUAUUUCCCAGACAGAAAGUGAUCAAACUCAACAAAUUUCACAAGAAGAAAAAGCAGAACAUAAAAAUGAAGCCUCAGAAGCUCAGAAAGAGGUUCAAGAAGAAAUAAAAGGAGAUCUUUCCCAAGAAAAGCAAGAAGUUUCAGAAGAGAUGAAUGAGGAAAGGAAUGAAGAAGUCUCUGAAGAUUUGAAAGAGAAAACACUUUCUGUUGAUAAUAAGAAUUCAAAUCAAGAAUUAGAAUCAGAAAAUCAAGAAGAGAUUAAAGAGAAAGUUGAAAAUGAUGCUUUGGAAGAAGUCCACCAAAAAUCAACUGAAGUUAAUCCUAGCCAAGAAACUGAGGCAACAAAAGAAGAAAACAUUGAGCAUGACAAAAGUGCAAAUACCCAAAUAGCCCUUGGGGUAGAAGCCUCAAGUGGUGAAAAAGUUUCUGAGGAUGAGACUAAAGAGGAUCGGUCUGAGUUAAUUGAGAAUAAAGACUUUCCACAAGAAGAUCAACUUCAUACUGAUAAUCACUCUGCUAAAUCCCAAGAGGAUCAACUGCAGUCUGAAGAGGGCAAAAUUGACAAGAAGCCUAUAGAAGGAACUCAAAUUUCUGAGUCUGUCAGAGAAAAUAAAACUGAAACUGACGAAAUAUCUAAUAAGCAUGAGGAAACUAAAGAAGAGGAAUCUCAAUGUGCAGAAGUUAAGGCUCAACCUAUUGAAGAGGCUCAAGUGAAGUCACUUGAGCUAGAGCUAAAGCAGAACAAGAUUGAACAAGAACAGAAUUCAGAUAUGGAAGAAAUUGAAGUAAACAAAGAAAGUUGAGAGCAACUCUUAGACGAUGAGUUUAAUGAACCAAACCAAGAGGAAUUAAGCAAAUCCAUAGUCUCAAAUAAAGAGUCUGAUCUCAAGGAAAGCAAAGUCGAAUUAGAGAAAGACCCCAAAACUGAAAUCAAGGAAGAAAUAAAAGCUGAAUUCAAAGACCAGACCCAACUUGAAUCUAAAGAAAAAGAUCUUCCACAAUCUCAAGAAGGAGAUAAACCUUCAUUAGACCAAGACGAAGGCAAAGAAGAGGAACCUAUGGCAAAAGAUACUAACCAAGCAUAUGAAGAUGAAAGUAUUACUAAUCAGAUAGAAGAAAAGCAAGAUGGGAAAGCCCAAAUUGAUGAUGUCGCUCUCAUAGAAGAUUCAAAACCCAUAGAGUCUCUAAAAGAGAAUCCAACCGAAGAAAAUGUAAAAGAAGAUCAUGAUGAUAAACAACUAGAAUCAGAGGGAAAGCAAACUAUAGAUGCUGCUCCUGACGCUUCAGCUGCUUCUGCUCAAGAAAUUUUAACAACUGAAGAAACUGUUGAGAAGCAAGAGCCCUUAACUGAUAAACCUGGUGAAAACAUUCAGUUAGACUCAAAUAAAAAUAAACAAGAUGAAGAAAAAAUUUUGAUUGAGAAUAACCUGGAAUUAGAGGAGAAGGACAACAAUCAGCCCAUGCAAAAAGAUGAAACUCAGAAGAUCGAAUCUGAUCAAGAGCAACCUACUACAGAACUUGAGAGGCAAGACCAAAUAGAGGAGAGUGAAAAUAAGGAAGCUGAAAUAGCGAAGAAGAGUGAAUCCCAAGAAAAACCAAAAGAAGAAUUAAAAGAUGCAAAAGUUGGGAAUGCUCAAGCAAACGAUGCUCUUCCUAAUGGAGAUGAUACUUCAGAGAAAGCCGAAACUCCAGAUGUUCAAGAAAAUCUUCAUGCCAAAGAUACAGAACCAGAGGGUCAGAAUGUUGGUGAAAAUCAAGAGAAUAAAAUCAAAGAUGGAGAAUCUAUUUCACCAAGUCAUUCUGAAGUUGCACCUAAAAAGGAGUUAAAGCAAGACACUUUAGUUGAGAAAGAAAAGCAUCUUGACGAUGAUAUUAAAGUGGAGACUCCAAAACCUUUAGUUGAAGACUACAAACUUGUUGGAGAUGAUCCAACUGACGAAGUCAAAGAUGCUGAAGAUAAAGAGGAAAAUGAAGAUAAUGAAAUUUUCUUAUCUUCUCAUCAAAAAGAAGAAGAUAAAGAGGUACCUUUACCUGGACCUAGAGAUGCAGAGACAGAGUCUGAGAAUGGCGAGCUUAAUUUAUCUCAUUUAAAAGAGCAAUCUUUUGAAGGAAAUCUUGAAUCCCAACUUGAUAAAACCAUCACUUCAGCUAAGAAAGAUUAUUUUAAUUUAUCUGAAUCUGAUAGAGACCUACAACAAUUUGAGCAAGGGAAAGAGCCAGAUUCAGAGGAGUUUACUCCAAAGAAGUUGAGUCCAGAAUUUCAGUUAAAUGAUGACUCUGUGCCAGAAACUGACCAUCCUACCUGCCAACCUAAUCCAAAUUUAUUGCAAGACAAAGGCUUAGUAGGAAGUGAAGAGAAGACUCUCAAAACUAUUGAGCCAGAUGCUCAGAAACUGUCAGAAGAAAAGAUUGAUAAAGAGCAUCCUGAGAGUACAAAUGAGCCUGAAGCAUCUAUUGGAAAUUCUGAAAAUGAAGACAAAGAUUUACAGUCCAAGGAUAAACAGGAAGAUGAGAAGCUCGAGGAUAUUAGUGCUGAAAAGAAAAUAGUGGUAGAGGAAAAACCACAGAAUCUUAAAUCCAUUGCUAAAAAGAAAGAGAUUGAAGAAUUUAAGAAAGAACAAGAUGAAGAAAUUAUAGAGCCUGCUAUAGAACUACACGACCUCCCUGGGGAAGAAGCUACAAUAAAAGGUUCUACUGGAUACAACUUAGAUAAUUUAGAGGAAUUAGAGAAUGCUAUGAUAGAAGAAAGCAAGAAGCCUGCACCAAAAGCUAAGAAACUAAAAACCUUUAUGAAGAAGCCAAGUUAUAAACCAAAGAAGCCUAUCGACAAAGACCAGAAGCUUGAUCAAGAACUUAACUUGAUCAACCUCACUAAAGAUGAGGCUGAAAAGAGAAUCUCUGCUUAUAUGUCUUCCAUGAUUCUCAACAAGCUGAAAUCCCCAAAAUGGGAGAGUAAAGUUAUUGGAAUUCAAUGGAUGCAAGAAUGGAUCGUAGAGAAUGAAGUGCCUCCAGAUCUUACUGAAUAUGCUUUUAGAAUCCUUAAAGGUUCGCUAAAAGAAUGGAAAGAGAAGAACACUAAUAUGAUUAAAUCUGCUAUGCAGUGCAUUCAUACAAUUCUUUCCUCGGCUACAAGGCUUGGUAAAAGAUCUAUAACUAUUUUGGUUCCCUUUAUUUGUGAAAAAUUGGUUGACAAUCUUGUCAAAGAUCAAGCCCUGGAGUCUAUCUUACUUUGUGCAGAACUGAACAACGAAUGCUUUGGCUCUAUUAAUCACACAAUUAAGCAACUCACAAAAUAUGGACCUAAGACAUCAAAUAGCAUGGUUGUAAAGGAGAUUUUCUCAUGAAUUCUACUGAUUGUUGAUUCUUUUGGCGGUACAAAUAUUCAGCUUGAUGGAUUAUUCAAGUUCAUUGUCCUUGGGUGCAAAAAUAAAGCUGCUGAAAUUAGGAAUGAGGCUAUCUUAGUUAUCAAGCAAUUCUAUCCAAUCUUCGGAUAUGAUAUUCUCUCAUAUCUCAAUGAUAUUAAACCUUCUACAAUGGCUGUAAUUAAUCAAGAGCUUGAUACUAUACAACUUCCAGAGCAUUUGUUAGCAAAGAAAGCAGCAGACGACGCUAAGAGAGAUGCAGAUGAUGCUAAAGGAGAUUUCCAGGAUGAUAAAGAAGAGAAUUUGCUCUCUUCAUCAGAGAAAAAUGUAUCUGAUGAAGAAUACUAUAAAGAGGAGCAUACACAUUUGACCUCUUCUCAAUUUGAUGACCAACAUUUGAGUGUUGAUAAUCAAGAGCACUGUUAUGCUUCUUUUGAGAAUACCAAAGCUAAAUCUUUGGAAUCGUCUUCACAAAAUUCUAAAAGAGAUGAAGAGGAGCUGCCUCCUAAAACUGUUGAGAAACCUAAGAGAAACUCAAAGCUUAGAAAAUUAAGCCACAAAGAAAAAGAGCCUGAAAUGGAAUAUUUGAAAAUUCUCGAUGUUGGCAAUAAAGAUCUGAGAGAUAAGAAAGAUGCCAAAGUGAUCUGGACUCCCAAUGAGCUCAGAUCUGAUGUUACCAAGAAUAUCAGGAGUCAGAUCAAGUCUGCAUUUGGAGCUCAAUUUGAAAAGGAUUGCUAUUCUGAUGACUUCAAGAAACACAUAGCAUGCUUAAAAUUGUUUGAGACUUGAUUUGAGUCUGACUAUGAGCAAAUAGAUCACUUCUUCUGUGUAAUUGAUUUGAUGUUAAAAUGGAUCUUCAUCAAAGGAUGAGAAGGAUCCAAUAUCAACACCAAGUUCCUCAUUGAAAUCAUCAACUUCUUGAAUGCUUUGGUAGACUUCUGAGAUACUGAAGGCUAUGGAUUAAUGGAAGCUGAAGGGAUUGUGUUGGUCACAUUCUUGAUAGACAAAGUCUGAAACACUAACGCUUCUAUUAGAGAGAAUAUCAAAGACUUGAUUUUGAAGAUUAGUUCCAAUGAAGCAUUGUACCCUCCAAAGGCUUCCUUCAAAUUAAUAAUGGCUGGAGUUCAAAAUAAAAACUCAAAAAUUAGGAAGGAAUGAAUGGAUAUUGUUUCAGAACUCCUUGAUGAUCUUCAGGAAGAUUUAUUUACUUCAAAAGAUGUCAAAGUUAUAAUCAAAGAAGUAGAUUCUAAAGAUAAAAACUCUAGAAGUAGUGCACUUGAAGCUUGUGUUUCAAUUUAUAAGCUAAUAGAAGAAAAAUUUUGGUCAAUGGCAGGCAAGAAUAUCAAUUUAAAGGUUAAGGAUCUUAUUACUACCAAGAUUGCCUCAAUUCCUAAAGAUCAAAUUGGAAGAAAAGCUGUAAAGAAGAAGCCAAAAAUAGUAGUUAAGCAUGUAACACAAACAGAAGAGAAGAAAGAAAAGCCUGUUGCACCUGUCACUUCUCAAAGAUUAUCCCAACUUCCUCGCCCAACCAAAGGAAUUCUCAGCGGGAACAAAUCUCUGAAUGUGAGCUGAAAUUCAUUGGAAGAAUCAAAGACGUCUAAAGCUGCAAAUAACCAAGGAAGUGCGAACGCUAAGACUUUUAAAAAGUUUAUUAGAAAAGAUCAACAAAAGAAGACAUUUGUGAAACCAAGUCUGUCUAAAAGUUUGAAGAAACCUUCAAAAGCACCUACAGCAGCAGCCCACAAAGAGGAAGAAGAAUAUGAUUGAAAACAUUUUGAUGUAAACGUCACAGAAGCUAUCUUAGAUGCUCAGCCUGUUGAAGAGAUAGUGGAUUUCAAAAAUCUUGAUAAAAUAGGGAAAAUAAUUAAUGUCAUUCUUAGCGGCACUGUAGAGGAGAAAUUUGAAUCAUUAGUGCUAUUUAAUGAUAUAAUUGCAACAAGUCUGAGCAGAUAUGCUAAAAAUUUAAUUGACAACGCACAAUUUAUUUCGAGAACAUUCUCUGAUGUUCUUGAUGGACUUUUUGAAAGGAUUAACGAAUUCCCUCCAAAAUUCUUGAAAUAUCUAGUGCUUGUCUUUAAGAGAUGACUCUGAGUUGAUUUUAUAGUCAGAGAAAUCUCCCAAGAAGAGCUCACAAUUCUUAUUGAAAUUGUUUUGCUAAAAAUCCAGCCGUCUUCUAUCAAGAAGAUUGACGAUUAUACAAUUGGUCAAGAAAUCUUAAAGGAUUUGAACUCGAUAAUGAAGCAGAUAUUUGAGUACAGCGAGCCAUCAACUUGCUUCUACGCUCUACUUGACUUGUCAAGGAAGUACGACCAUCUAUAUGAGCAAAGCCAGAUGAGCAAGGUUCUUUCUAAAUGCCUUUUGAAAAUAUCCAAGAACAUUCAGUCUAAUUUUGGCAAACUGAAUGUUGAAAGAGUCAUCCUGAUGCUUCAUAGAUAUUGAUUAAGAUACUCAGAAAACAUGAACAGAUUUGCUAAAGAGGGCAAAGAAGGCAAUAAAAACGGACUUAUGGCUGCUAAAAGCAUAGUAUAUGAGCUAUGAAAGCAGACAAAGUCAGAUUUCUGGGAUUAUUGCAUUGCAUUGAAUGCACAUCCUCAGGAAGACAAGCACAUACAGCUUUGGGCUAAACUGAUCAUUCAGAAGUUACAAAGAAAAUAAUAGAUAUUCUUAGGAAAUA